UCAUCCUCAUCAUCAUCAGAUAAAGAUGUGGAGGAGAACCUGGUCAUGAGUCUGGAACCCUUCAGACCCGGACUGGCCUUUCUGGUUCCGCCCCAGUGGUUCUGCUGAGGUCUACCCGCUGGGGGCGCUGUGUGGCUACCGAGGAGCCGCUGAGCCAGCGGGGUGUCCGAGGAAGGAGGAGGGUGGAGAGUGGAGGAGAGGGAGGAGUAACCGGACACCGACUCUCAGAGCCUCUCCUGGCCGGUCAGAGCGCAGCGGAGACCGGGGGCAGCAGACAGCGGCGGGGCGGAGAGCAGAGUCAUACCAAGGAUCCAGAGCUGAGGAGGCUCCGGUGCUACAGCCGGACUUUAACCGGGUUUAACCCGCUUCUCUCAGCUUCCCGCCGGUCCGACGCUCAGUGGAGGAAUAACGGAGUUACCGAGAAAGUGGGAGAAGUCCCGUCAGCAGCCUGACAGCCGCCGACAUGAAGAAGAACAACUCCGGGAAACGGGGUCCGCUGGACUCGGGUCAACAGAACACUCCACCUGAUAAAGUGGGCUGGAUCAGAAAGUUCUGCGGGAAGGGGAUCUUCAGGGAGAUCUGGAAGAACCGCUUUGUGGUUCUGCGAGGAGACCAACUGUUCAUCUGUGAGAAGGAGGUGAAGGAUCUGGGCCGGGCUGAUGAGGUGUUAGAUAUGUCUGACUAUGAACGCUGCGAGGAGAUCCGGAAGAACAAGAGUCGCAGCAAAAAGAACCACAGCAAGUUCAGACUGCUGCGCUGCAGCUCGCCGGGCAACAUGGUUCCUAACCUGGUCUUUCUGGCAGUCAGUCCGGAGGAGAAGGAGUCCUGGAUCAACAACCUGAACUCCGCCAUCACCAGAGCCAAGAACCGGAUCUUGGAUGAGGUGACGGUGGAGGACUCUCAACUGUCUCAUCUAACCCGAGACCGAGUGAAGAUUCCUCAGAACCGAAGACCUCCGACCCGAGGACACCUGCUGGCAGUGGCCUCCACCUCAUCAUCAGACGGGAUGCUGACUCUAGACCUGAUCCAGGAGGAGGACGCUGCAUCUCAUCAGGGAGGGGACGACUUCAGCAACAAGUCUCUGGAGUGUCCCAGGUCCAGAACAGAAGGAGCACUUUCAGCCCGGUCCGUCGAGGGUUCUGGGAAAUCUCAUAGCCUUCCUCGGGAGGUGGGGGAGUGGGAAAAGACUGGCUCUGCCCACACCCCCCAGCCAGGAAAACGCCUCACAUCAGCAGAGAAGAACCGCUGCACCUCCAUGGACCAGAUCCUGACCCACUCAGAGUCCAGAUCUGCCAAGAACCAAACGGUGCCAUCGGCCUGUUCGUCCUCCUCGAAGCCGGCUGGAAUGUCGGCGCCGAUCGAGCAGCUGAUGGAACUCAUCAGCCAGAAGCUGGAGAAGACGGAGCGUCUCCUGACGGAGGCGCGGGGGGAGGGGCCCGGUGAGGGGGGGAAAGGAGGGAAGGACUCCGGUGGAGGUGGGGAUGAAGCCGAGAGACUCCUGAAGGAGGCAGCGGCGGCCUGGACACAAGCCCGCGAGGUUCUGGAGGAGGUCAAGGAGCUGAGGGUGUUGUACCGACAACUGGACCCCGCCCCCCCCACCAGCACCAAACUGAGCCCAGAAUCCAAGAGCCUGAUGUGACCCACAGGGUCUGGACUGAACUGGACCCGGACCUGCUUCUGGACUGGAACCAGAACUUCUUUUAAAUUAUGUUCAAACUGUGGUAGUCCAGUGUCCAGGUCCAUAAACUGUCCUCAGAACCACCUUCAGAACCAUCUGACCAGAUGUUUCAGAAGCCACGCCCACAUAUAUAUACAUAUAUAUAUAAACCCUUCUUCAUGCCAGAAGCUCCGCCUACUUGAAUGGGGCUGCCGGGUAUUUUCAGUGUUUAGGAUAAACUUUAGAUGGUCUGAGGUUCAGUCAGCAGAACUUCUGGUUUCCAUGGCAACUCUUCCUCCUUGUUCUUCUCGGAGAAACAAACUUCUGAGCCAAUGGAAUGCCAUAGAUGAUGAUGACAUCAUCACCUCCUUCUCUUUUCACAGAUCUGAACACAAACAGAAAGUUCUGGUCAGACUGACCUCUGGUUCUGAUAAGGUCCGAGCAUCAUCAGAACCACACACAGGUACAGAACAGAUGUGUUGGCCAUGUGACCAACCUGCGUCUUGCGUUUGCUUCGCGGUCAGAAUGAAAAUGUGCCAAGACCAGCGUUCCGGUUCUGGAUCAUCCUCAGGUGUCAGUUUGGAUCUUCUGGUUCUGUUUUAUAGAGCUGGACACUGGACCUGAUCCCAGCCUGGUUCUGGUGAACUGGUUCUCCUGGAACAUUCUCAAGAACAAAUGUUCUGACCCAUUUGGGUCCAGUCUCGUUCAGCACACGGAAUUUGGUUCCGUUUCAGGUUUGUUAUCGGGUCGCUGGUUCUGAUGGACCACCUGCCUGAUACAAUAGUUCUGAUUCUUGUGGGACCAGGAGCUGUUUAGCUGGUACUGUCCCUGUGCUAGUUCCAGAUGGAUCUGGUUCUGUUCAGUACAAUGUUGGAUCUCUAUGCACAGUUCUACUUUCUGGCCAUCCAGAACCUCUGGACUCAUCCUCCUCUCUGAAUGUGAAGCUGGAAUCUCAGGAAUUUUAAAGUGGACUGACUGAUCCGGGCCCAGCCAUCAGAAAGAUCCAUCAUCUGUUCGGAUCAGAACCAGCUGCUGACAUUUCAGAUAAAAGCUGGUGCAAACACCUGUUGCUAUGGCAACAUUGAAAAUGGAAAAGCUGAUUGGUUUGUGGUGACAGCUGGUCCUGAUCCAUUUCAGACAGAAUAAUUCUGAUGGUAAUUGGGUCAUCGGAUCUCUUUUUUAAACACCCUUUUUUUCUUAAAGCUGCUGCCAACUUAACCCAUCAGAACCACAGACUGGUUCUGUGGUGUAAACCAGGCCUGUGGUUUAGCAGAACUAAACAGAUCCAAUGGUACUGAUGGGUUCUGUGUGAGCGGCUCGGUACGAAUCUGGAACAUUCUUUUAAACUGUCUUCCUGCUGUUUGUUCUUCCUGUUCUGUGGCUGCUGCCUUAAACCCGCAGGGGAUGAUGGGAGCUGUGGUCCUGCAGGGGAUGAUGGGAGCUGUGGUCUUGCAGAGAUGUGACCUUUGCCCUCGUGCUAAAAUAAAAAUCUACAAACUGAACCUAGUGU